GUGGUGGAGUACCUGCUGGAUCACUGCGGCGCCCGCGUGGAGGAGGGCGGCUCGGUCAACUUCGAUGGGGAGACCAUCGAGGGGGCCCCGCCGCUCUGGGCGGCCUCUGCAGCCGGGCACCUGGGGGUGGUGCGCAGCCUCCUGGAUCACGGCGCGUCCGUCAACCAGACCACGCUGACCAACUCCACGCCGCUGCGGGCUGCUUGCUUCGAUGGGCACCUGGAGAUCGUGCGCUACUUAGUCGGGGAGCGCGGGGCUGACCUGGAAGUAGCCAACCGGCACGGACACACUUGUUUGAUGAUUUCUUGCUACAAAGGGCACCGGGAAAUUGCACGUUACUUGCUAGAGAAAGGGGCUGAUGUCAACCGCCGGAGCGUGAAGGGGAAUACGGCCCUGCAUGACUGCGCUGAGUCCGGCAGCCUGGAGAUCCUGCAGCUAUUGCUCCGCUCCAAAGCCCGCAUGGAGAAAGACGGCUAUGGCAUGACUCCUCUGCUCGCUGCCAGUGUCACCGGUCACACCAACAUUGUGGAGUACCUCAUCCAAGGAGGGCUGCAGCAGCAGCAGGAGGAGGAGGUGGUUGCAGGGAACCAAAAUGGGACCUGUGCAUCAGGUGGGAGCCAUCAGAGGUGCUGCAGCACUGACAAGGAAGCUCCUCAGGGCUGUGAUGAAGAGGGGUGCGAGAGAUGUUGUGCCUCAGCUUCCAGUCAGGAUGAGCAGCAGGUCCCUAACGUGUUCUGUACUCGAGAGGCUGCUGUGGAAGCACUGGAGUUGCUGGGUGCUACGUUUGUGGAUAAGAAACGUGACCUUUUGGGAGCCCACAAGUACUGGCGAAGGGCAAUGGAGCUUCGGUGUGAGGGCGGGCAAUACCUGCCUAAACCUGAGCCCCGGCAGCUGGUGUUGGCCUACGACUAUUCCCGGGAAGUGAGUUCGCUGGAGGAACUGGAAGCCUUGAUUACUGAUCCAGAUGAGAUGCGCAUGCAGGCACUGCUGAUUAGAGAGCGCAUUUUGGGUCCUUCUCACCCAGACACUUCCUAUUACAUCCGUUACCGAGGGGCCGUCUAUGCUGACUCCGGCAACUUCGAACGCUGCAUUAACCUGUGGAAGUAUGCUCUGGACAUGCAGCAAGGCAACCUGGAGCCCCUCAGCCCGAUGACUGCCAGCAGUUUCCUUUCCUUUGCUGAGCUUUUCUCUUAUGUGCUUCAGGACCGCUCCAAAGGCACUUUAGCUACCCACUUGGGCUUCUCUGACCUCAUGGGAGUACUGAGCAAAGGGGUCCGGGAGGUGGAGAGGGCGCUUGUGCAUGGCAAGGACCCUGUAGUUGACUCAGCGCAGUUCACCAAGACACUGGCCAUUAUCCUCCACCUGGUCUUCUUGCUGGAGAAGGUGGAGUGCACCCCGGAGCAGGAACACCAGAAGCGCCAGACUAUAUACCGCCUGCUAAAGUGCAGCCCCCGGGCCAAGAAUGGCUUCACUCCUUUGCAUAUGGCUGUGGACAAAGAUACCACAACAGUGGGACGUUAUCCUGUGGGCAAGUUUCCAUCGCUCCACGUUGUGAACUUGCUUCUGGAGUGCGGGGCUGACCCAGAUAGCCGUGACUAUGACAACAACACCCCGCUGCAUGUUGCUGCCCGCAACAACUGCCCGCUGAUCAUGAGUGCCCUGAUGGAGGCUGGAGCCCAUAUGGACGCCACCAAUGCCUUCAAGCAGACUGCUUAUGAGCUGCUGGAUGAGAAGCUGCUCACCAAGAGCAUGAUGCAGCCCUUCAAUUACAUCACCCUCCAGUGCCUUGCUGCUCGCGCCCUGGACAAGCACAAGAUUCCCUACAAGGGUUUCAUCCCUGAGGAGCUGGAAGCCUUCAUUGAACUGCACUAGGGUGGGAGAGCUGAAGUCCCCAGCCUUUCCCCUCACCUGUUUCACCCCGCAGAGGUAGUGCAGCCUGAGAUCUCAGGCCAUCCUUGCCUAGGUGCCGAAGGCCGUCACUGUGCUGAGAUGGGCUGCGAGCUUUGUCCUCAUCUGUCACCAUCAAGCUGGCGUGCGCAGGGGUAGGGGAGGAGGAGGAGGCUCGAGAGCUCAUGGCUGUCCCUCAUUGUUGUCAUCUUCAGGUACCAGAUAUCUCCAGUGCACUGUAUCCAGAGAAGGCUGCAGCCCCUGCCCUUUCCCAUGCCAACCGUCUUGUCCUGAGAAGGAAGGAAAAUGGAGAUCCCUGGGACCUGCUGCCUCUCCCAUUAGUGCUGGAUUAACUCAGCGUUAAGCUUUGGAGCAGCUACACAUCACACACGUGCUCUAGCCCUUCCCAUCCCAAAUACUGAACAGAUAGGAAUGCAAGUGAGGAAUAAAAUAAUCUUCCAACUAAUUCUUUCCCCACCCCCUUCUCAGAUUUGGUACAGUACGAGUCUAACAGCCGAGUGGCUUGUGCUCUGCUGAGGUAGUUGCCUUGCAUGGCAGUAGGGCUGGGUAUGCUGAGGAUGGGUUUUUUUUCUCCCUUGGUUGGCCAAGUAGCAAGUGGUGUUAAAGGCCUGAGAUUUCAAUGAUUGUGCAUAAAGCUGGGUUAUUUUUUCUCUUUUAGAGCCAGGCCCUAUCUAUGCUGCAAGACUUCUUCAAUCCUGUAAGAUAUAGUAAGGUCAGUUCUGGUUAUACAGUUUCAUCAAUAGAUGUUGGUUUUUACGAAUGGGGAGGAAAAACUGCUACCUU